AUGUCUCGUUCAGGCGAUGACCUCGUACAAGUGGAUCAUCCUAAGGAUUCCAGAAUCGACGAAACUGGACUGACUCAUUUUCACGUGGCCUGCAUGUCCGACCGCGAAGAAAUCGUGAAAAAAUUCUUAGAACUCGGCCAGGAUCCUGAUCUCCUUGUGCCGGAAACAGGUGACUCGCCGCUACACUUGGCUCUGAUGUACGGCCGCAAGACGAUCGCUGAGAUGCUGUUGAGAAAUGGCGCCAAUCCGACUUUGGCCAUUAGCAAACGACUGACUCCUGUGGACAUCGUUUGCCGAGGUAACAGCUUCGAUGCCGACUUGGUGAAGACGAUGUUCGAGCUCGCCUGCGAAAAGUAUCUAUCCGUUCCAACCGAUGAGUGGACUAAUAAAUCGAAGACUCUUUCUCAAAUCAUCGAGAAAUGUCACAACGACGUCUUGCCGGGGAUAAUUGCGGAAACGAUCGAAGAGCGAGUCGACCUUCGGUUUAACGAGCGGCUUCGAACCGAGCUAUUUCACAAGGCCGUGCUCUACGGCAAGGAAAAAGCGGCCGAACUGCUGCUGAGACGCGGCGUGAAUCCACAUUUGACCGACGCACGGGGAUCGACGGUUCUGCACGACGUCUGUCGAGCCCAGUACAGCCGAACAAGCGAGGAGAACUUCGUGAAGUUAUUCUUGGAGAUCUGCGACGACUCGGGGCGCGCGGUGGACAUCGAUGCUCGCGAUAAGCGCGGUAAUACGCCGCUGUACGUGGCGGCUCAGUACAGACGCGAUGACCUGGUCAAGCUGCUGCUGAGAGUCGGAGCCAAUCCAAAUUUAGCCAACGUGGAGGGACAGACUCCGUUGCACUUCAUUUGUGACAUGUUCCAGGAUCAUCUAUUGGUGGAUAUAAUCUUUGAGAUCGACGACGAGAAACAACGCAACAAAGUACAGAUCAACUCCCAGGACAAUGAGGGUAAUACGCCAUUGCUCUUAUCGCUUCGGUUAGGGAACAAGAGGGUAACCGAAGUACUGUUGGGACGAGGGGCCGAUCCGAAUAUUGCCAACGCGAUGGGAUCGACGGCUCUGCACUUGAUUUCCAAGGAUCACUGCUACGGACCUGGCGAAUUGGCGAAGCUAUUUUUCGAGAUCUGCGACGACAAUCGCGCCGAGAUGUCGCUCUUCGUCUUUCCCACCGAGAGUUAUUACGGCGCGAGGUCGUUCGACUGGAAAACUCGUUAUCCCUGCAGCGAUGAAAUGGAAAUGGCGUCCGGCGCUUUGCUCACGAUCGAAAUCCUCGAGAACGUAGGGUACCAGCUGAGCCGAGACGACGCGACGACGAUCAUGAAAUUUUUCGCCAAGCACGAAAUGUUCGAGAAGGUUGCUGUCGAUAUCGAGAAACCUUUGUACGACGAUGAAAAUUUAGCGGCGAGAGCCAAAACGAUAAUGGUAACUUCGUGUCUGUCGUUCGACGAUCUGAUCCAGUUGCGACCCGAAGAGGCGGAAAAACUGCUGACAUAUGUGGACUACUUCGAAUUGGCGCACUCGGAGAAAUUCUCACAUAGUCUGGCUAAACGUUAUAAUCGGGCUUUUCAUGCUCUCUGUGAGAAACUGUCGAAAGGAUUUUUCCGAAGCUGGACACUGGAUCCUUUCUGGGAGCUGAUACACCAACGGCUGCCACUCGAGUGCUGCGAACUCAUCCUUGCGAAGCUGAAUAACAAAGAUUUAUUCAAUAUUUGCUUGGCCACUAUUAUGUUAAGGCAUGACAAGGAAAGAGAAAAUAACUGUUAG